AUGGGCUUUCAUGUUUAUAGCUCUGUUAUCUCCUACAGUAAUGCCUCACUGUGUUGUCUGAGCAUGGAAGGUGAGAGAGUUCCAACAGCUCAAUCAAGCAAGAAUAAAACCUUUCCUGCUGGUCUCCGCAUUUUGACAGUGGAUGAUGAUUCUACAUGCCUUAAGAUUGUUGAAAAAAUGCUUCAAUCUUUAGAUUAUCAAGUUGUAGCUGUUCAAAAUGCAAUUGAAGCUUUAUCCAUUCUUCGGGAGAGAAAAGGAGGAUUCGACCUUGUUCUAACAGAUGUUCACUUGCCCGGAAUGGAUGGAAUUGCCCUCCUUGAGCAUGUCUUAAGAGAAUUCAAGCUACCUGUCAUUAUUAUGUCAGCUAAUGACAAAGAGAAUAUUAUAUUGAGGAGUCUACAAGCUGGGGCUUCUUAUUACAUCGGAAAACCUGUAACUUUAAACGAUCUUCGAAAUAUUUGGCAGCAUGUGGUUCUUAAAAGGAAAGAGGACGUGGUGGUAAUGGAAAAGGCAGGGAGUGUUCAGAGAGCAUCAUCUGAGAAGGUAUCUGGGGAGGAUAUUGAGUGUGAAUCCUCCGUGAAUGAAAAUAACUGGAAGCGACAAGAGGCCAAGAGAAAAGCAUCUCACAGCAAUAAGGAUGCAAAAGUAGAAGUAGAUAGAAAUGUUUCAUUCAGCCCAAAGAAAGCAAGAGUGAUUUGGAGUCCCGGGCUUCACAAGAAGUUCUUGAAUGCUGUUGAGAAAAUAGGCCUUGAUAGGGCUGUCCCAAAGAAAAUACUUGAGCUGAUGGAUACCCCAGGAUUAACGAGAGAAAAUAUUGCAAGCCAUUUACAGAAAUAUCGCAUCUUCUUAAAGCGACUUAAGGAAGCAAGACAAGCCCUCGAACCAGGAAUAGCUAGAUCCUUGACCAGUGGAGCUCUUAAAUCAAGCUUUGCAGUGGGUCAUCCUUUGCUUGACCCGCCAAGAGGAUUUCCAGCACUGCAGGAUAGUCUGCAAAGUCGAACGCCAUUAAUCCGACCAGAACUUGGGAGUUCUUCCAUGUCUCAAUUAGGUUAUGGACAGCCCAUUCCAACGAGCAACCAUGGCAAUAUGGUGCAACCUUUUCUUGGCUCUGCACCUUCUCUUAAUCAACGAAUGAGACCGCACUGUGUUGGAAUGAGUUCAUCCUUACUGGGAAGAGGUACAGGUACAAUGCAGAUGAACCCUCAACAAUCUCAGAUGCAAACGAGAUAUUCUGCCAACACAUUAUUGAACCUAUACAGACACAACCACAACAGUAUCAAUCCAAGAUUUGAGAACAUGGGUUCAUCCACUAAGCAUAACCAAGCCCCAAUUUUCAAUUACACCAAUAACAACCAUGCUGGAUUUCCGAUGACGGAUGCCGGAGAGUUGCAGGUUGGAUUGGGUCAGAUGAUUUGUUUCAGUGGUAGACCAUCAAAUGGUAUCAGUGGUAGCUACACCUCGAUGGAUAAGGCGCGUAAGGGCAAGGAAACUCUAACAGCAACGGGGAAAUGUUCUCCAUUUCCGGAGUUGAUGAGCUCAUUCCUUCCUGGUUUUGCUCCUCAAUCACUGGCUUCUUCCGGUAGCAGGUUUCGAGGUGCAAACCAUUUCCCAACCACGUUCCCCGGUGUGAUUCAACAACCAUCGCCACCACCAACUUGGCUACCGCCGUUCGCCAAUAAUGUGAUUCAACAACAACCUCCAUUGCCGUCGGCACUGCCUCAACAGCAAGAAGAAAAUGAAAGUGGGAUUGAAAGUGAACUCGAUAUCCUCCUUGAGCUCAUAAAAAGCAGCUCUAGCGUUGAAAACACUUCACUCGCGCAAGCAUUUGAAUUUGAUGACGGUGAUGGUCAUAUUCAUCGAACUAAUUACAAGCAACAAGAUGGCGAAGUAGUGAUCGACCCCGACUUCGAUAUUAGUGCAUAUCAGGUGGACGGACUUCUAAAUUGGCCAUGA